AAUCCUAGUUUAUUACUAGUGGAUUUACCUCCUGUAAAUCUGAAAAUUGUUUACAAUAUUGUUUUGUUUAUGAUAUGCACAGAAGUGGAAGCAGGUUAUGAUUAUGAUAUGAAUGUAUGCGAUAGAAAAAGACAGAUUGUUGAGGUUUAUGACUCAGUGGGAGCAAACAAAUAACCGCAGUCAGUGUUCAGCUACGAGCAUAUAAAGCCGGCUGUUGUUAAGCAUUUGUUCGUUUACAGGCAUUUUGUGCUUCUGACUCAACUACUGCAAUAUCACAAACGACACCAAACAGUUCAGUUGAUUAUUAGCCAGCGCAUUGGUCUAUAAUUUUCGCUGUGUUGACAAAAACGACCGUUGUGCAUCAGAAAACAGCUAAAACAUGUCGAACGAUACGAAAACUUUUUCUGGUCUGGAAACACCUGGAUAUGUUGGAUUUGCCAAUUUACCAAAUCAAGUUCAUCGCAAGUCUGUGAAGAAAGGUUUUGAGUUUACGCUGAUGGUGGUUGGUGAGAGUGGACUCGGGAAGUCCACACUGGUGAAUGCUUUGUUUUUGACUGAUUUGUAUCCAGAAAGAGUUAUUCCUGAUGCUAUUGAAAAAUCAAAGCAAACAGUCAAACUGGAGCCUUCAACUGUUGAAAUCGAAGAACGUGGUGUAAAACUCCGCCUGACUGUGGUCGAUACACCUGGUUACGGCGAUGCAAUCGAUAACACCGACAGUUUUUCCGAGAUAAUCUCCUACAUCGACGACCAAUUUGAACGUUUCCUCCGUGAUGAAUCCGGACUCAACCGGAAAAACAUCAUGGACAACCGUAUCCACUGCUGUUUCUACUUUAUCUCUCCUUUUGGACACGGUUUGAAACCGCUGGACCUCGAAUUUAUGAAACAAUUGCACAAUAAAGUCAAUAUUGUGCCUGUUAUUGCCAAGGCUGAUGUAUUGACAAAGAAAGAAAUGUUGAGACUCAAGAAGAAAGUGCUUGAGGAGAUCGCGCAGCAUGGGAUAAGGAUUUAUACACUGCCAGAGUGUGAUUCGGAUGAAGAUGAAGAGUAUAAGGAACAAGUAAGGCAAUUGAAGCAAGCUGUGCCAUUCGCAGUGUGUGGAGCGAAUACUUUGAUGGAAGUCAGAGGCAGGAAGGUCAGAGGUAGGCUGUAUCCAUGGGGAGUUGUCGAAGUGGAGAAUCCUGAGCAUUGUGAUUUUAUUAAAUUGAGGACUAUGCUUAUUACACACAUGCAGGAUCUUCAGGAGAUCACACAACAAGUGCAUUAUGAGAAUUACAGGUCGGAGAAACUCGGGAAAGGUGCUCCGGCACCUCCAAGAAGAACGAUUAUUGAUGAAAAGAAUGGUGCCUUACACGAUAAAGACAGGAUUCUCCAAGAAAAAGAAGCUGAGCUAAAGAGAAUGCAAGAACUGUUGGCGCAGAUGCAAGUAAAGAUGGCACAGCAAUAAACUGCGCCUUUGUUUACAUACAUUCUUCAUCUGUUCGAACCAUUCACGCAUCUCAAUGUAAACUAUGCAGUAGUUGAUUUAUUUUAUAAACAGACACGCAGCGAAUCGAAACAUGCACACGAAACGCAUAUCAGACGCACGAAAUGACAGAAUGCCGUGUUGGAUGUAAAUAAGAAGAGCUUAUUUUCAUUUACAUUGAUUUCAAACGCAAUUGACACUUACAGAAGACUGCCGAGUAAUCUCUUUCAAAAUAACUAGUUUUUAGCGAAAAUAUGUACAUUCAGUACUUAAUCUUUUAAAAAUUUUAAACAUUUGAGCGAUUGUGACAUUUGUAACUGGUAAUGUUUGUGAUAAAAGCAUUUAUUUUGUUUACAAGUUAAACAAAACUUAAAUUAUCACUAAAGAUGCAGUGUUUACUAGUUUAUAUUGCUUGUAAUUCAGUUUUAAACAUAUAUUACCAUAAUUUUUGCAAUUUAUAGUCUGCAAAACUAUUUUUUAUUAUUGUAUUGAUAGCUGAUUGAAGAUGUGACAUGAAUAUUGAGGGGAUGAUUAUUUUUAUACGAUUUUAACUGCUUUGCAAGUUUUUGUGAAGAAUGAAUAUGAAAAGGGUCAAAGAUAUAUUCCUAUAAACAUGCUAAGAUGUAAUUAAAUGUUUGUGUAUCAUUCUUGGGUAUAAAACUAACACUAAACAGCCAGAA